AUGUCCUCGGCUACGCCGGUGCCAGAGAGAGCCGUGCAUGUCACGCACGGUUCCACGAACAAGCUUAUUCUUCGCUCUUACUUGAAAUCCUACGAGACUGCGCUGCUCACUAUCCGGAAGGUUUUCAAGAUCGGCGAUGACAUCGCUGAGAAGGACAUUUCUCUGGGUAUCAAGUGCAUGGUCGACCACGAUAGCUCUCAGUUCCUCUUCGUAGCCGGCCCACCCGAAUGGAAGGCGAUCUCGGGUGACAUGAAGCACGUUCUUGUCGUCGUCUCCGAAGGCAAAGGACAUUCCCAAGUUAAGGCUGAGGACCACGUCAAGAAAGAAGGCGAUAUCGCCGUGAUAGAUAUUAGCGACGAUUCGGACAACGAGAUGGACAUGGGCAACGCCGCCCAUCCACCGCGCGCUGCCCGUGUGAGAUUCGCGAUGGAUAUGGCCGGCGACGGCGAUGGCGAUGGCAACAACGACGGCGAAGGCAAUGGCAACAACGACGAUGGCGAGCAAGGCAUCGUCAACUUGGUCCUCCACCGCCAGGUAGUUCGAGACUGGCUUCGCAGACACCCCGACGCGCCCUGGGUCGUUCCUCCCGCCAAGCUCGCUCCAGCUCUACGAGCGCAUCUUAAACGGCUAGGGACUCUGUCCAUGGACGAUGGCCCACGCAUGCCGCUGCCGACAGCCGUCUCUCAGGAGCUGUCGGUCCGCAAGCAAAACUGGCUGUCGAAGCAAAUCGUUCAUACCGACGUGCCGAGCCGCCGCGACCUCCUCGUUGACUCGGAGGGAGUAGGAUUCUACCGAGAACUGGUCAGAGCGCACCGCGCGGCGACCGGCAACGGCACGCAUAAUAAUGCGUCGACGAUGCGGAAGAAGAUAGGGAAGAAAUACAUGCUUUCUCCGAAAGCCGAUUUUUAUGAGUCGUGGGUCAAGGCGUGCCCCGGCUGCCAGCGGCCCCGCGCUGCGGGAGCAGUGCCCCAUGCUGUUUGA